GAGUGAAGUUCGCGCAUAUCGCGCGUAUACAUCGAAUAUCGCGCAGCGCCAUUCAGUUACGGAAUAUUCGAGGCGCGCGUAUGUAUUCGAAAGGCAGCUCCAUGUUUCUCGCGAUUUUUCGCGGCUAGUCCAAGCUAAGCUCCGUGUACGAUUAAUCGUUACCAGGAAUACCGAAAGUAAGCUUCGUACGUGUGUUGCAGUAAAAUAUCGUUUAACAGCCGUUGAAAGUGGACAGUGUCGUCCGGAAUGUCGAGUACAAUGUCGCGCGAUCGUCACAUAAUGGCGGCUCCGAAAUUGCCUCAUUGAACUUUUAGCUUGUCGAAGAGUCUCGCGCGCGAAUUAUUCGUCGUCGGGAGUGCCGAAAGUAAGUUCCGCGCGUUUUCGUGACAAAAUAUCGUUAAACGAUCGCGAAAGUGAGUGUCUCGUCGGGAGUGCCGAAUAAAGCAUCGCGCGUUCGUAUUAUAGAGUGACCAUCCGAAGGUUUCAGCGAGCGACAUUGUGCUUCGUAUCAGAUAUUUGUAAUCAAAUAUCUGAUAACGAGAGAAGAAAGAUAUACAGUGAUUUGGAAAUAAAAUACGACGCCAUAUCCUCAAAUGUGGAGUGAGUAACUUUGCGCGGUAUCGGUGCGCAGGAAACUAGCGCCAUCAUGUGACUAAAGGAUCAACCAUCUUAUGCAUAUAUGUCGAACUCUCAGAGGUCGCGAAGUGUCUGUACUUGUUUUGACGUGACGUGUGAAUAUGUGUGAACGGAAGACUGUAGCAAGGCUGUCAGAGCUAUUUUAUGGAGAUGAUGCGAUGUGACGACUUGCUUCCGAAGGACUACUCCACACUCGGUGACGAGCGGCUUGGAAACGACGAUUGACAGCGGACGCUACGUCUCCGUUUUCGAGGCGAGAGAAGGAGGCAGGAUUUCGGUAAGGGCUUCGGGAGAAAGAAAGAGAGAGAGAGAGAGAGAGAGAGAGAGAGAGAGAGAGAGAGAAAGAGACUAUACAUUACGGCAAUAAGAAGAGGAGAAAGAGACACAAGUAAAUUGCAAAAUGGAUGAGGAUCAAGAGUCGCUGCUGCGGUCGAUCAGCAAUCAGCACCGGUCGUUCGUGAAAUUUAUUAAUCAAACGUUCCGCCCGGUUAGAUUAUACUGGAUCGAUUAUCAAGGGAACGCGGUUAAUUAUGGCGACCUGUCACCUGGAGAUUACAUAGACAUAAAUACAUUUGCGACUCACCCGUGGAUUUUCGUCGACAAGGAGACGGGAUGCAGGUACAGGGUGAAUCGGAAGCAAGUUUUCUUCCCCGAGCCGUGGUUCAAAUAUCACGACGUGAAUAACAGACUGAGCAAUGAUGGGCUGCCGCUAAGAGUUCAGAGGACUAACGUGUACAUCACGCUGGCGGUGUGCACUCUGCGAGAGCUAUCGCUGAGGGCCAUCAAGAAGUGUCUCAGGUACGAUCGACAGGCUUUUCUCCUCGACAUUCCGCGGAGUCUUCAGUACGAGCUCGCCAUGAUGCUACGGAGCACCGACGAGGCGGAGUAUCUUUUUCCGUGAGGAGAGAAAAAGGUAGUUCGCGCGGCUCUUUAUGUUUUAUUAAGUAAGUAAUACGCGCAUAUAAUGUACAUAGGAGUAUACAGUUAAGUGCGAAAUGUGAAUGCGCGUGUGCGUUCUCGGUGAGAGAUAUUUUCGUCAAUCUUAUUUCAUCGGACAAGGAUGAUUCGUCUUAAUGGAACGCGAAUAAGGGCGAGUGAUUUUCGCUUCGUUAUUAAGUGGCUAAAAUAACGAACACUGCGAUGAAACGUUUGUGAAUCGUGUAUUUACGAGAGCGAGAAGAGACUUUAAAAGAUGCGUUCCACCGUUGAAAACCGAGACAUGCUCCUCCGGUCGUCUUGACGAAAAUAAUUGCUUUGGAUAUGUCGUACGCUAAGAUAGGUCGUACUGUGCUUCUUAAGUAUUAAAUGUCUCGAAGAAUUGAAAUCUGAAAAACAGAUAGAGAAGAGGGAAAGAGAGAAAAGGAAGGGUAAGAAAGAUGACGCUCGCGUAAAGUUGCCAGUAAAGUUUUGUUUGUCUCAUUGUAUUUCAUGCAUACUCGUCUCGUGAGUGUGGACGCGAUACAGCUUAGAAUAUAAUAUUAAUAUUUUAUACUUUCACACCGAUUUGUUAUAUACAUACGAGUAAUCUAGUAUCGUUCGAAUACACAAAUAUACAAAUGUUGUAUUCCUGUACUUUGGAAAAAAAAAUAAUAGUACACAUUGUUUUGUUUAACGAA